AUGCAAGGCUUGGCUCGAUACGUGUUUCAAUCAGAAAACACAUUCUGUAGCGGCGAUCACAUUUCGUGGCACAGUCCGUUGGACAACAGCGAGUCUAGAAUCCAGCAUAUGCUACUCACAGAGGACCCUCAGAUGCAGCCCAUGCAGACCCCCUUUGGUCACAUCAGCUUCCUUCAGAUUGUGGGUGUUUGCACAGAGGAGCUGCAGGCAGCGCAGCAGUGGAACGGUCAAGGCAUUCUGGACCUGCUGAGAGGAGUGCACAUUGCUGGGGGUCCAUGGUUAAUCACUGAUAUGAGAAGAGGGGAAACUAUAUUUGACAUUGAUCCACACUUGCAACAGGAACGAGUGGAUAAAGGCAUAGAGACGGACGGCUCUAACCUGAGCGGGGUCAGUGCCAAGUGCGCCUGGGAUGACUUGAGCCGACCUCCCGAGGAUGAGGACGACAGCAGGAGCAUUUGCAUUGGGUCACAGCCACGCAGGCUGUCCGACAAAGACACAGAACAGAUUAGAGAAGCCCUGAGGAAAGGACUGGAGAUUAACAGCAAGUCUGUCCUGCCUCCCAUCAGCAGUCAGAAGCACAGUCACGACCGGCCACAACAAUCAGUUGGACAUUUCCAGACCCAGCAGAUAUCAAGGAGCCGUAAGGACAGUCUAGAGAGUGAGAGUUCGGCUGCUAUUGUCCCUCAUGAGUUGGUGCGAACACGACAGCUGGAAAGCGUGCAUCUGAAGUUCAACCAGGAGUCUGGGACUCUUCUCCCACUGUGCCUCAGAGGUCGUCUGCUUCAUGGCCGUCAUUUCACAUAUAAAAGCAUUAAUGGAGACACGGCAAUCACCUUCGUAUCCACUGGGGUAGAAGGGGCCUUUGCCACAGAAGAGCAUCCAUAUGCUGCUCAUGGACCAUGGUUACAGAUACUACUUACUGAGGAGUUUGUAGAGCAGAUGCUAGCUGACGUUCAGGAUUUGAGCACCCGUGAAGUGUCUAAGCUGCCGAAGGAGUACAGCUGGCCCGAUAAGAAGAUAAAGAUCUCUGUCCUGCCAGACACAGUGUUUGACAGCCCACUGCAGUAAGACUGGGAGCACAUUGUCCCUGAUUACAAACCCACAUCUACAGAAAGCAGCUCAACUCUUUUGCCAGGCUCAUGUGCCUACAGAUGGCUGAAGGAAACAGACAUUCAGACACGUCCCCUUUUCCCAGAGAGCAUCGUAGAUGAUUGCACAUGACACAGAACAUUUUGUACAUGUACAACAUUUUGUAUGGUCCGUUAUACCACUUGUCUUUGCAUUGGUCUACCUAAGGGAAAAAAUGGUGAUUUGAUGGUUUUUUUGUUUUUCUGGUCUCCGU